UUUCUCCCAAAAUGGUCAGAAUAUCAUAAGCUUGUUUUAUUUCUGAUACAAAAGUAUCACCCUUUCAUCCUACCACCCUUUAUCAAUCUGCAGAAAUCUUCUCAUGUUAAAGGAAAACUACAAAACAUGACGCAGCCUUGGUAAGGAAGCAAACCAAAAUUAAAAACGGAAUAUCACGCUCUCAUAAAAUACGAAUAUGAAAAAAAGUUCGUGGAGAAAGUCCAUUUACAAACAGUGAUGUGAAAGAUAACCUAAAGCGCGCUCUUCGGAUGUUGGGAUUUGCGGAGAGGAGAGGCGGGUGGCGCUGCAGUUUAAGGAAGUUUGAGAUGCGCGAGUCAGCUUAUUUGCGCGCUCGUCAUUAUCUGACAGUCAAAAUAGUCGCAGCUCUUCACAAACGGAUCGGACAAACGGGAAAAGUUAUCGGCUCGAGAUCACUCUGACGAUCGAUACUGUACAAUGGGAGGAUCCUCGUGCAGCCUUUUGGACGAGAGUAAAAUAAGCUACGUAAGAGGCCGGACUGAAGCUGAGCUGAAGAAUUUCAGUCCUCAUUACCGGAGACAGAGUUGUGUUGCCUUCUUUUCGCAUCUAAAGGAUGAGGUGGAGCAGCACCGAGCCAGUCAGGCCCAUUUGCUCAAACAGAAGGAGUCUCUGGAGGCCUUAGAGGUCCUGUACAAGGACAGCAUGGUUCACUUUGAAGACAACAGAAAGUGGAGAGAGAGAUUUGUUGUGAUCCGUACCGACUACAGUUUGGAGCUACACGAUAGCCUUGAGACAUUCACAAAGGGAGCCCCGGCACGCCACAAACUCCUGACAACAGGGGGCACUGUAUUGACCUCAGAGGAGAAAUACAAUACCAUCAUCGACAAAGAUUUCCCUGAUCCUAAUGGAUCUAAGGAAGACUCUUCCGUUCCUAUGGUGGUGGUUCCUGGUCCUCUUCCAGUGUACUUGAGACUUCCUUACAGACGAGACUUGUACUUUUGCUUUCAGCAGGAAGAGAAGAGGGCCCGCUUCGUCUCUAUCCUGAACGACAGCAUUCGUCAUCAGAACCAGGAUUAUCUAAAGAGUAUGACAUAUGAAGUGCAGGCUCUCCUGAAGGCCAUUCACUUUUACAGACAGGAGAAAGGGCAUUAUGAAUCAUGGGAUAUGCUGGUGGGCACUGAAUGUCAGGUGUUGGCUAACUUGGUGAUGGAGGAGCUUCUGCCCUCUCUGCAAACAGAGCUGUUUCCCAAGCUGAAGGGGAAGAAAACUGAGAGGAAGAGGGUGUGGUUAGUGACAGUGGAAGCGACUUAUGAUAUUGUGCAAGAACAUUUGCGAGAGGGACUUGAGAAUUUAAAAAAGGAGUGCAGAGACGCUACCAGACAACAGGAGGCACUCAUCCGCUCAGACAUGGACCAGAUCAUCAACUCACAGACUUUCCUAGAAACUAAACUGCAAGCUUUGGUAUCAGAUCCAGCCCUGAAAUACUGUUCAGAGAGCGUGGCCCCAUACCUGGCUUCAAUCCUAGAGGAGCUGAUGGGUCCGGUCAGCACAGGCUUCCAGGCCGUGAGGUUGCUCUUGGAGGAUGAGCUGACCCGUGUCUGCAAAGAUUUCCCGCAGGACGGAGUCACAGAGGAGCUUCAGAAAGCUCUGCAGCUGGUCGGGCGUGACCGGCUAGAUGACUGUUACCAGCAUGUGAACGUCCUGAAAGAGCAGCUCCAGGAACUCCGCAACCGCUUCAAAUUCUCCAACUCGAUGCAAGUUGUGCACUACACACAGAACCAAAUGCAGCAGCUGUUUGAGAAUGCAGUGUUCACAUUUGAACUGCUGCUUGAAACCGGAUUAAAGGAUAAACCUGACAAACAGGCAUCACUCAUGGAGAAAGCAAAGCUGCGUGUUCUCAAGCAAUUUGACUAUGACAGCAGCACAGUAAGAAAGAAGAUAUUUCAGGAUGCCCUGGUGGAUAUCACUCUGCCUGCCAUCAGAAGAAAUCUAGCGGCUGGCUGCAAGACGGAGCUUUCGAAUUUCGAACAAUUCAUCUUUGCAGACUACACAAACUUCGUUCAAGUGGAUAAUGUCUAUGAGAAUAUAUUACUCAACAUUUUAAAUAAUGACGUCAUUAAAGUGGUGAAAGAGGCAGCCAGCCUAAAGAAGAACAACCUGUUUGGUGACAGUACUGACCUGCACUGCGUUAGUCAGAGCAGCUUGACUGACAGCCGGACUCCGCCCCUCUCCGCUCCAUCCAGCCCACCUGUAGUACUGGCCUCUGUUCCUCUCGCUCAACAGGCGGAACACAAACCAACCUCUGCGUUAAGAAUAGCUAUCGUCGAGGAGACUGGACAGAAAUCAGUCAUACCUUCAGUAACCAUUACAGUGUCUUCUCCAGAAUCUGAGGAACCCACAGCACCAUCAAGUGUUGUUGAAACGGUUCAACCAGAUGUUCUACCAACAUCACCUGAGAUCUCUUCAUCCCCUGUUACCAAAACACCUGACAUCUCCUUGACUGAAGCAGUAUCAACCACAUCUGAUGUUCCUACAAAACCCGCAUCUGUAGAUUUAUCUUCUUCAGAACCACAGGAACCUUUGUCUGACAAACAAGGAUGUUCUGCUAUUAGUUCCUCUUCGUCUGAAAGUUCUGACCAAUCGGUUUGUCUCAUCUCAACAGGUGCAGGAAGUCCUGUUCCUCCUGCUCUUGAAUCAGAGAAUAUUGAGGUCCCUCUGUGUGCUAGUGUUUUAGCAGAUGAAGAGAGCAAAGAUACAAGUUCUACGCAGUCUGAAAUCGAAGAAGCAUGCAUCCACCAUGUCCAACCUGACGUUACAAAGGAGAUCAAUGCUGAAGUUCUGCCAGACCUAGAUCACAUAGUCACUCCAGGAAACACAAGCACCUGCAAUGAGAAGACUGUGGCUGACAUAGACUGUGACGUAGUGCCCUCUAGUGAAGAGAGGAAUGAAAAAGUAGAGGAAGACAUCCCACAAAUCUCUGUUACUUGUGACUCUGUUCCUGAUGUGCCAGUAGAGGAUGCUGUUGGUUUAACAUCGGAGUUGAACCACAGCUCCACUGCUGUGUGCACAGAUGCACCAGAGGCAGAAGAAACAGCUGACAGUGUGAAGGCCAUCAAAGAUCUAAUCAUGGAGGUCAUUGAAGUAGAGGACGAAGUGAGACCUUGGGUUUGAAAAUUAGUUGUGAAUUGUUUUACCCUAACAAGAAAGACUAGCGCGUGUGUCUUUGUAUAAUGUUUUUAUUACCUGCAGCAGUGUUUUUAUUAUUGGUGUUACACAGUUUAACGUGAACUUUUAUAAAUAAUUGACUUAGAGCAACCAAUUGCCUAUGUAAGCUGAAUUUAUACAGUCCCUUUAAACACUGCAUUUUAUAUUAUAUUGAAAACAAAAUUGUUUUAGCAUUUUAUUUUUAAUGGUUUUAUUUAAAUGUUUAAAUAUUGUGAGGCCAAAAAAGCUAGAUUUUUUUAAUAAACUACAUUUUUAGGGGUACUGUAGACAAAAAUGUUUUGGAGAGUAGACUUAUUUUUUAAACGUACUAAGCAUCCAUAUACAUUUACAUUUAUGCAUUUGGUAAAUGCUUUUAUCCAAAGCGACUUUCAUUGCAUUCUCCUAUACAUUUAUACAUAGGUAUGUGCAAUCCCCUGGGAUCGAACUCACAACCUUGUGUUGUUAACGCAAUGCUCUUACCACUGCUACAGGAAAGCAUGUAGAGCAAGUAAAUAAUUAUUUUGUACUAUUCUGUAUUUUCUGAAAAGUGUUAAAUUUAAGCUUUCGAAAAAAUACAGUCAUUUAUCACUGAAAGUCUGU